AUGCAUCUGUUUUUCACGUCUUUAUUCCCCAUCACCCUGCUGAUGGCGUCCCACCUGGUGAGCGCCACCGUGUCCAAGAGCUUCAAAGAGUGCAGCCAAUUCUUCUACAUGCAGACCCCGCCUGCAGGGAUCAGAGGAACAAGCCUCAAGUGGAUCUGCCAGAAAUAUGCAGACAAACUUCGCUACGCCACACUGUAUGACAGCAGUCGCCAUCUCCCCCUCUACUCAGCCUACGUCUUUAAGAAGUCUGACGGGAAGAGGAGGAUGGACACCCCCUGGAUGUAUGAGCCUCAGCUGCUUUCAAAUGAUGAGAGUAGUAACAUGAAGGCACUUCCCCUGAGUGAAAAGACUCCCCCUCUGAUCGAGGACAGCCAGCUUGUUUUAGAGGACUACACAGAUGCCAUAGGAUAUCGACGUGGCCCACUAAACCCUGACCUGCACCAAGCAGAACCAGAUGACAAAUCCUCCACUUACACCCUGACCAACGUAGUUCCACUGAUCACAGAUUUCCUGGAAACCUCUUGGAACCCAUACUUAGACAUCGUUCGCCGACGACUCAACAAUUUCUGCCACGGCAAAUCUUUUGUGGUGACAGGGGUGACUGUUUCAGGGGCUGCCAUUCAGCGUAAUAACAGGGACCGCCUCAUCAUUCCAAAACACUUAUGGCUGGCAUACUGCUGUCCACAGUUUGAUCAUAACUCACCAUAUGAAGUGAGGUUUAUGUUCCCUAGCUACGGGGGCUAUGCACUGAAUGAACAGGCUGGAUUUAGUGUAGUCGAGGUACCUCUAAAGACUCUGGAGACAUUCUUAAAGAGCCAGACUGACAUAGACAGUGACAUGGCCAUAUUCUACAAGGGAUGUGUGGCAGAAAAUCCCUUAAAGAAGAGGAGAGACCUUACCAAUGUUUUAGUAUGA